UGUAACGGUCGAAAGUAAGAUAGACUUGGUGAGGGACCACAGAACACGGUCCAAGUAAUACAGUAAGAGUAUAAUACCUUCGUUCGUUUGAGCAGUACACUGCUGGACGCCAUACUCAGCGCGUGUGGUUGUUUCACUUUGCUCAAAAUAUGCAGGAUCUAUGAUACUUGCAUUUGUUGUUAUUUAAAGUGCAUCUCAUAGAAAAAGUGCCAAAAGUUCUGCCUCCAGCAGGGAUGUUUUGCCAUCGGUAACGAAACUUCCUAAAAGGAUAGAGGAACAGAAUGACGUCCGAACGAUUUCACAGAGCUGCACGCGAUGGCGCCUUAGACAUCUUAAAAGAAGCAACAAAAAAGGAUUGUAACGCGCGGGAUGACGGUGGAAUGACCCCUACAUUAUGGGCAGCCUUUGAAGGUCAUAUAGAUGCUCUGAGACUGCUCGUCGCCAGAGGGGGAGAUCCUGACAAAACCGAUUAUUUUGGUAAUACGGCCCUUCACCUGGCAGCGGCAAGAGGUCAUGAAUAUUGCGUCAAGUUCCUCGUGAAAUUCGGCUGCAAUAUUUGGUCAUUGGAUAUCGACAGGCAUUCAGCUAGAGACUUGGCUGCUAUAAAUGGUAGAGAGAUGACUCUUCAGUUUCUAGAUCUUGCUCAAGCUGAUCAAGAAUUAAAUAAUCGCAAAAAGAGUCGUUUACUUCGAGAAAAGGCAGAAAAAGAUGCUGAAAAACGAUUAAAAGAAUAUAUGAAAAAACAGAAGAUGGCGGAAAUCAGAGCUGAAAAGGAACAGAAAAAGUUAUCGAAAGAUCGAACGAAAUUGGAUUUAGCUACGGUUAACGAAACCGGCAUUCUACCUCACAAACCCAGUAUGUUGACCUUCAAAGGUCGAGUGAAGCCUUCACCAACAUUCAGCGAUAUCGUUGGCACUACUGUAAAGAAACAAGGCAGUGCAGUAUGCAGAAAAGCUUUAGCGAGAAAAGCCGUUGAUGAUUUCAAAGUAGUAGAGAUUGAAGUAAAUGGAAAAAAAUCGAUACGUAGUCUCACUGGUCUUAGAAGAGAUUCUGAAGUAAUGUACGUAGGAACUUACGAAACGCAAACUCAACAAGCAGGAAGGAGAGGAAAAAUCUCUGACGUUUGGGGUACACUAAGCAAAGCACAAAGUACUCCUGAUCUCUUGGGCGAUCGAUCCUUUGACGAAGAUACCGAACAAGAUGAUAGAGAAGACAUGGAUGGCGUAGGAGAUAACGUUUUGCUGCAAGAACCGGCAAGUAUCUUCAAUCGACCUGGUUUUGGAUCGGUAGCAUUUCGAAGAGCGAUAACAACUACUUUCGAUAAUCUACCAGUCUCGCAAGUGGAUGCACAUGAACAAAACGGUAACUCUUGCGUGAAUGGUUCUGUAAACGGAUCUAUAAAUGGUCAUAGAACCAACUCAAAUGGGCACAACGAAGAAAUCAGCAUAGGAAGCGCAGGUAGUUUAGCUCGCCGACAAAGUAUGUGGGAUGAUGAUUUACUUUCAGAGGAAGAAACCGAUGAGGAAUGGACACCAUUGCAAAGAUUUUUAGUUGCCAAUAAUCUUUCAUCGGUACAUCCGGUUUUAGAAUCAGAACAAAUUGAUCUAGAAGCCCUAAUGCUACUAACUGAAACUGAUAUAGCGGCACUUAAACUUCCACUUGGACCUAAAAGGAAAUUAAUGAAUGCAAUAGCUAACAGGAAAAGAGCAUUAGAUGCUCCAGAAAAUGUCAUUAAAGAUAGUAGACUGUGAAACUUGAAAUAUUAUUGAGGAAACAAAAGAAUAUUAGCUUUAUUUUCGAAUAUUUUAAUCUUGCCUAAUAAACUGCUUAAGUGCCUACUAAAAAA